AUCCAUGCGAUUUUCAACAGGUUAUAGUAUUUGAAAUGCUCAUUGAAUAUAACAGGGAGGUUCUGGUAUGGCAAGUGAUAUAACAUAUGAGAAUGUCCAGAUGGAAAAUGUGAGCAACCCAAUAAUAAUUAAUCAAUUCUACUGUGACACAGGUGACACUGAGUCUGCUUGCAAGGAUCAGGGUUCUGCUGUGAAAACCAGUAAUGUAAAAUAUAAUAAUAUCAAGGGCACAUCAGCAACAGAAGACGGAAUCACAUUUUCGUGCAGCCAAAGCGGAUCUUGCACAGAUAUAACAUUGGAUAAUGUAGAUCUGGUACUUGACUCGGGCGCAAGCCUCGUGUCAUGCCCAAUACGUACAGGGUCACACUGUUGGAGAUGCGAUUCCUUCAGGCUGUCUAGGAAACAAUGCCAAAUGAUUAUACCUGUCAUUAAAUCAUUUGUGAAGCUCUGUCUAAUGUAUACUUAAAGCUGAACGUUUCUUAAAUCAUUGAAAAAUAAUUCAGUUUUUUCUUUUU